AUGCCUUUGUCACUUUUGAUAUCGAAUUCAGAUGAUACACAAGUAUUAAUACAUGAUUCGAUGAAACAAAAGAAGCAAAGGAAAAUGUUACAAAGGCAAUCAAAUAAUUCGCAAAUGUUGAAUAAAAAGAAUACUUGCAACAACAAAAACAAUACAACGUUAUGGAAAUCAGAAAUGCGACAAAAAAUGUAUAGUACAAAAUUGUUGAAAGCUCUUGGUCAGGCCCGGCUUGGCUCGGCUCGUCUUCAUGGACAAGCUGUUCAUGAAGCCGCUGACCGUGUCCUAGCUAUGACAGCUAAAGGACAAAGCAGAUGGAGCCAGACCAUCCUUAAAAACAAACUUAAGUGUAAGUUUAUGAAAUGUAAGCCGAGAAAACAAGUGACAAAUGGAAACACGCGAUUAAAGAAGCCGAAGCCAGGUAUUUUGAAGUCGAAAUGGAAGAAGAAUAUAUCGGUCGUGGCAAGAAAAGGUCGUGAUCUUGGCCGGAUAAUUCCGGGUUGCAAGAAACAAGCAUUGGUUGUUGUGUUAGAAGAGGCUACUGAUUAUAUUGCCGCUCUAGAAAUGCAAGUUAAAGCCAUGGCUACUUUAGCUGACCUUUUUAGUGGCGGCUAUAAUUCUGGAUUUGGCAAUGGAGCCGUGGAUCUAAGUCGGCUUGGUAUUAGCCAGACAUCAACUAGCUAG